AUGCAAAUUCUUGUGGUUAGGCAGCUUGUGAAACGAGCUGAAGAAGCUGGAUUCAAAGCGAUUGCUCUUACUAUCGAUGCCCCGAGGCUUGGACGCAGAGAAUCCGAAAUCAAAAACAGAUUCGCGCUUCCUCGAGGUCUGACAUUGAAGAACUUCUUAGCAUUGGAUCUUGGAAAAAUCGACAAGACCAAUGCCUUAGGGCUCGCUUCAUAUGUUGGUGAUCUAGAAGAUCAGUCACUGAGCUGGAAGGAUAUAAAAUGGCUACAAUCUAUUACAAACUUGCCAAUUCUUGUCAAGGGUGUUAUUACAGCUGAGGAUACAAGAAUUGCUGUUGAAUAUGGAGCUGCAGGGAUUAUAGUUUCUAACCACGGAGGUCGUCAGCUCGAGUAUGUCCCUGCAACUAUUAUGGCCCUCGAGGAGGUAGUUAAAGCCGUGGAGGGUCGGAUUCCGGUGUUUCUUGACGGUGGGGUUCGCCGUGGAACAGAUGUCUUUAAAGCAUUGGCUCUUGGCGCUUCCGCUGUCUUUGUAAGUUCAUUCAUCACAACACUCUUCUUAGCUUUUCAUAUGAGUACUCUCACGGACACGACGUGUAACACACUCUUACUUGUUCGGUUAGGUCGGGAGGCCGAGUUUGUUCGCGCUAGCAGCGGAGGGAGAGGCCUGAGUGAGGAAGAUGCUGCAAAUGCUAAGAGACGAGUUCGAGCUGACAAUGGCACUUAG